CAACCUUCGCAGACCUGUUGAGAUUUCUAGGAGGCGUGAUUGUUUUGUCUGUCCUCGUGUUGUCCCAGUCUUUAUUCCUUUGACUCCGUGUUGACGCUUCCGCACAGGCCCACAGAGACAGCAGCACAACGGGGAGCUCACAAGAAGGAGACCCCUAUAAGCGAUCUACAGCGUUUUCUUACUGAAUCACACUCCUUUGGUUGUCCAUACCUGGUUCCUUCCCUUUUUUUUGCACUGAAUUUGAAGAAGAGUGCCCCCAAUGUCGAGAUACAAUCCACAGCAGCCUUCGUUCACAACGACGACCGGCGGCAAGAACCCGAAGCAGAUCCACAUUGCGCAUAGAAGAUCACCAAGUGAGCUGACAAACCUGAUGAUGGAGCAGAUAGCCUUGCAGCGCCAAUUGGAGAUUGUCCAGCAGCAACAGCAUCAACUCUUGGCCCAUGGUAGUGGUGGUGGUAAUGGCAUGGGCAGUGUCUCAAACAAUACGCAUAGACGUGCCCAAUCUUCUUCCAUGACGGGUGCGAUGGGUUCGUUCGCAAUGCCAUCGUCCACUGUUAACAGCGGCAACUCGGGUUCCAAGGGUAAUGCUGCACAGGGCCACUUGAGAAGACACUCGCUGGGUUUGAACGAGGCUAAACGUGCGGCAGCUCAGGUCCAGGCCCAAAGAGCUGGUAAGGAGUUGCCUGGCACCAGCAAUAACGACGAGGACCGCUCUUCGAUGCCACCUCCUUCUGGGUUCAAGUUCCCACCAACUCUUGUUGAGCCACCAUCGAUGCAUUCGCAACAACAAGGUCAUCAGCGGUCAAGAUCGAUGGCGUCUCCUCAGAAGCAAAACCCAUACCAAUUCCCACCAAGGGAGAAUACCUUGUCACCUUCGCAUCAUCAGCAGCAUGAACGCCGUCAAUCUGGUCACUACAGAUCAAACUCUAGAUCUUUUGACCAACAGUACAACAACAACAGUAACAACAAUAGUAACAACAAUAGAACCAGGCAAGGAAGAAAUCACUCCCAACAGUUUGAUAAUGGAAAGUUUUUGGCACCACCAGGUUCAAAUGGCGGAUUUGUACCAGGACACAGGUCUCGUGGAUCGCACGGUGGUGGCUCAAUCUCCUCAAUAAGUGGAUUCCAAUCACAAAGCGGUCGUAAGUCGUUGUUUGCACCAUACUUACCGCAAUCGUCAAUCCCAGAUUUGGUUGCUGAUGGACGAUUAGUGGUUGGUACUUUGAGAGUCAACAAGAAGAACAGAUCUGACGCGUAUGUCUCAACCGAUGGCUUGCUCGAUGCAGAUAUCUUCAUCUGUGGCUCAAAAGAUCGUAACAGAGCAUUGGAAGGUGACUUGGUUGCUGUUGAACUGUUGAGCGUUGAUGAAGUUUGGUCAAGUAAAAGAGAAAAGGAAGAAAAGAAGAGACGUAAGGAUAACAACAAUAGUUCUAAUGGGCCUUCUGCAGGUGACAUCGUUGAUGAUGUGCAUAACGAUGCCUCAACACAUACAUCGGGCGCUACCCAAGCAUCUUCAUCGGGGGCUGAAUCAAAAUCUGAGAGUGGGUUGCAAAGAAGGGGCUCUUUAAAACAACGUCCAACUUUAAAGAAGAACGAUGACGUUGAAGUUGAAGGACAGUCACUUCUGCUAGUUGAAGAAGAAGAGAUAAGCGAUGAAUACAAGCCUCUAUACGCUGGACAUGUUGUUGCAGUAAUUGACCGUAUUCCUGGUCAACUGUUUGCAGGUACAUUAGGUUUACUCAGACCUUCACAACAGGUUAAAGAACAGACACAACCUGUUCAGAGACCUAAGAUUGUUUGGUUCAAACCUACAGAUAAGAAAGUUCCUCUAAUUGCUAUUCCAACAGAACAGGCACCUCGUGACUUUGUUGAGAACGUUGAUAAGUACUUGAACAAAGUGUUUGUCGCCUCUAUAAAACGUUGGCCGAUUACAUCUCUACACCCCUUUGGUACUUUGAUAUCCGAACUGGGUGUCAUUAACGAUCCAAAGAUUGAAGUUGAUGCUAUUCUCAGAGAUAACAACUUUUUAUGUGAGGAGUACUUGGAUAACGAUGGUGUGGAGCGUGAAGAUUUCGAUUUGGAUGACGUGGACUUGGAUGAAGAGUUCGCAAAGAGACGCGAUUUCACAGAUGAGUAUGUGUUGGCCAUUACAGAGACUGGUGAGUUUAGUGACCAUGCCAUCCAUGUGAAGAGAAUUGACAAUGAAAAGAUUGAGCUUGGUGUUCACAUUGCUGAUGUUACACAAUAUUUGAGGGAAGGUUCACCUUUGGAUAAAAGUGCCAGAAAGAGAUCCAGUUCUGUCUUUUUGGCUCAAAAGACUGUUCAUUUGUUGCCUAAAUUCCUGAACGACUUGGUUAGCUUCAAGAAGGGGGAAAAGAACCUCAGUGUAUCAGUGGCUUUUGAGAUUGACACAGCAACUUUUGAAAUCGAUAACGUGUGGAUUGGUGAGAGUUUUGUGGAACCAAAGAAUUUGUUAUCCUUUGACGAUAUUGAUUCAAUCUUUGCAAAUACAGAUGAACUUGGCAACAUCUCCUCUGCUUCAAAGGAUUACGUCAAGACAAUUGCAUUGAUAUCCAGAGAGUUCAAACGUCAAAGAUUGGAGAGUUCCAAAUUGGAUAGCAAUGUUGUCCUUUCACUUUUGGAUCAAGUUGACGACGAAAAAGUUCGUCUGGAUCUGAACCUAUUUGAAUCGAGCUUGUGUGGUUCUGUACUCAACGAGAUCUUUCUGAAAGUCAACAGUACUGUGGCACAACGUGUCUAUGCCAUCUUGGGAGAUACUGCUUUCUUGAGAAGGCACCCAAUGCCAACUUUGCAAAAAUUGGAGACUUUUAAACGCAAAGUUACACAGAUGGGAUUUGAAAUCGAUACUUCAUCACCUGCAUCUCUUGUGACAUCAAUCAUCAACAUCGAAGACAAAGUAUCCAGAGAAUGUGUUGAAAUUUUACUGUACAAGGCAUUAUCAAGAUCGAAAUACUUCAUCGCUGGUAAAGUUGAACCGGAGAAUUAUUUAUCCUUUUACUUCAAUUUACCUCUCUAUACCCAUUUCACUUCGCCUUUGAGACGCUAUGCUGAUAUCAUUGUCCAUAGACAGUUGAAGAAGACUUUGAAAGGAAACGGGGAAACCAUUGUUGUCACUGAUGAAGAUUUGGAGUCUUUAAAGAUGACUGCAGAGUACUGCAAUUUCAAGAAGGAUUGUGCAAAGGCUGCUCAGGAUCAAAGUGUCCACCUUCUUUUAUGCCAAACCUUGAACAAAAUUGCACAUUCCACAGGACAAGUGAUUGUUAUGGCUACUGUGUUACAAGUUUAUGAGAGUGCCUUUGACGUUUUUAUUCCAGAAUUUGGAAUCGAAAAGAGGGUACACGGAGAUCAACUGCCUUUAAAGAAGGCUGAAUUUGACAAUGCCAACAGCGUAUUGGAGCUAUACUGGGAGAAGGGAAUUGACACUGCCACCUACAUCCCAGAUGACGAGCGCGAACCUUUAAGUUAUCGUAACUCUAUCAAGAACAAGUUUAAGGUAGGCACCAACGAGAUUGCCUCAAAGUUGCAAAAUAGCUCAUCGGCUGAUGACUCCGUGUGUGAAGAAUUUGCAAAGUUGAAAUUGACACCGCCAAGUAUUCCUGAGAUGAAGCACAAAACGUUGGACGACUUAUUCCAAAACGUUCCUUUGAGAGUUGAAGGUGACGAUCUGGUGCAAGAGAUACACGAAUUGAGCCAAGUCCCAAUCCUAUUGAGAGCUGAGAUUGGUAUGGCCUUGCCAUGUUUGACUGUCCAUGCUGUCAAUCCAUUCACUAACUACUGAGCUUUUGCUCUUGGUUUUUUCCACCUGUUUAUAUCAAUUUUUUGAGAUUGUUUGUUGUUGUUGUUGUUGUUGUUUUGAGGGGCUCCAGGGAUAUAAUAAUGUCCUGAGGAGACCACUCGUCGUUUGAAGUUCCAUUUCAUGUCAUGUGUUUCCGUUUUAUAGUGUGUUUUUGUAGUCCCUGG